AAGAAUUCAUUCACUAUGAUGUCCGCUUAGUUGAGAGGAGGUCCUACUUGCCCAGCUCCUGUUGCAUGUGUCCAAUUUUCUGAUGAAAGCAGAAAACCUUUUUUGACUAAUAUACAACUUGUUUCUAACAAGGUCAAGUUGACUUCGGACACCCAUCUGACUUUUGCUGCAGAAGAAAACUCGAGAAUCAUGGAGCCGAAUACCACCGCGGGCGGAGCUGAUGAACAGCUCCAUGGCGACGACCCAGCAAAUGCGCCUGGUGACAGUGAACCAAAGGUUGAGCUGGAGAUGGUGCCAGCCUCAGUGGAGGAAGAGGAACUGGAAGAGCUGGCACAGCAUCAGCCCCUGGAGAGAGAGGACCUCGACUUUGAGAAAUGGAAACCUAAACCAAAACCCAAGAAGACCUUCAGCCAAAAGAUAAAUGAGGUGAAGAGGUACCUGUGGAACCCUGAGACACGAGAGUUCAUGGGCCGCUCUGGAAAAAGCUGGAGCCUCAUUCUCCUAUUCUACUCAGCGCUGUACAUCUUCUUGGCGGCCAUGUUCGCAGCCUGCAUGUGGGCUCUGAUGUGGUCCAUCAACCCCUAUGCCCCCACCUACAACGACAGGGUGAUGCCACCAGGUAUGAUGAUGUCACCACGGGGGCCGAACGGAUUCGACAUCUCCUUCAACGCUUCCGACCGAAACUCCUGGGCUAAAUACGUAGAGGCCCUGGAGGCCUCCCUAAAUUCGUACGAUGACCCCAUUCAGGAGCAGCGGAACAUUCAAUGUACGCAGGGUGCGUACUUCAUGCAGAACGACGACGAGAGCGUCGAGCGGAAGGCGUGCCAGUUCAAAAGGUCUUGGCUGCAGAAGUGCUCGGGGCUCCAGGACCCCAGUUUCGGAUACUCUGAAGGAAAGCCCUGCAUUCUCCUGAAGAUGAACCGGAUUCUUGGAUACUUACCAGGCGACGGCACUCCAAUCAAUGUGACCUGUGCAGCUAAGAGAGGAGGGCCAGAAAACCUUGGAGAUAUUGAGUUCUUCCCCGAAAGCAUUUUUAACUUGAUGUACUACCCCUACUAUGGAAAGAGAGUACAUGUGAACUACACCAACCCCCUGGUAGCUGUGCGCUUCCCCAGCGUGCAGCUGGACACCCAUGUCAGUGUGCAGUGCAAGCUGAAUGGCAAGGGCAUCAUCAAUGACUCCCCCACUGACCGAUUCCUGGGCAGCGUCACCUUCUCUCUGGAGGUGGGUGCAUAGGCGGCACCAUUGCAGACCAGUGGAAGUUGACUGGCCGGAAGUUUCUAGAUAGGAGUACAUUGUGCUAUGGAAGAGCCAAGAGGAUCUAGAGUGGUGGACAUGAAUUCUUUAGAAAGGCCUCUUUCUAUCCCACCCAAAUGCAUUACACUGUCUGAAAACAAUCCUUCAGCCCCCUCUUUUCCCUGUCAGACACAUAUAUAUGCCUGCUCAGUGCUACACCAUAUGCCUUAAUGAUCUAAUGUUAUCUUGCUGUGACUUGUGUCAACUGAUGAUCCUGCUGAACAAAACUGGUAGAAUAAGAACCCCAGCAAAAUAUAUGAUACAUUGCUUUGCCCGAGUCCCAUGAAUAGCUAAUGCAUGUCAGAGGUCUCAUAGGUGUCAUCUACUAAUUCUUUUUUCUAUUUGCUACAGCUACAUCAGUAGUAAUGUAGUUGAAAUGUUCACACUAAGUGCUAUAAAGUGUUAAAUGUAUACUACCAACCAUAUGCCAGAACAACACAUGACAUGACUGGUAGUGCCUUUUCAAUUUCGCCCUUUGACCAGACUGCUCUGCUAACUUCAUUAAAUGGAGGGCCAGAGAAGAGUCACAAAGUAACAGAACACACAGUUAACACAACAUUUCUUUCUUGUUCACAUCAGCACAAUUCUAUGUUAUUAACUGUCAUCUUAUACAGUGCCCUCCGAAAGUAUGGUAAUGGUCGAGUGAAAUUUGUUGUUUUUGUUUAGGCAUUUGUAUUUGAGAUCAAAAGAUGAACAGGAGGCAAAAGUACCAACAAUCAGUACCCCCCCCCCCAACCCCCCACCCCAUUUUCAGCUAUGAAAAACUAUGUUACAGGAUGAACUUAAAGCACUAGUCUAGUAUUUGGUUGAAUAGCCCUUAAAUGCAAUAGCUGCAUCAAGUCUGCCACCCACUUAUCACCAAACCUUUCAUAUCUUCUUUGGAAAUGGUUUUCCAGGCCUUCACUAGAGCUGUUUUCAGUUGAUCUUUGUUUCAGGGGGUUUCUGUCUUCAGUCUCCUCUUCAGCAAGUGGAAUGCAUGCUCGAUUGGAUUUAACUCAGGUGACUGAAUUGGCCAGUCCAAAACAUUCCACUUUAAAUGUUAACUUAAUUUUGCACAGCUGAAAAUUGGUGUUUCUGCAAAAUGGUAAAGCAUAUAUUCAUGUAGAUAUCAUAAAAUAAAAGCUGAUUGUACUUUCGUCUCAUAUUCAUCUUUUGUUUUCAAAUCCAAAUGCCUAAGGUCUACAGCAACAAUAACUAAUUUCACUCUAAAAUUACCAUACUUUUGGAAGGCACUGUGAUUACUGUCUUUACCUGAAGAAAAAAAAGAAAAGAAAAAAGAAGAAAAAAAAAAAGAAUUCAACAAGGCAGCAUAUACACUUCAAUUGUCCUGUUACGGUUAUUCUUUUUUGAGCUGAUAAGCUUUGCUUCUGUGUCAGGUUAUAUUUCUCUAAUGUUUUUAUUGCCUCAUAAAUAUAGAUGUACCAUUUUAAACCACACAUGGCUUUUUGUCACUGCAGUGGUCAUAUGACUGCUGUAUGAAAGACUGUAGGUGUAGAUGAAAUACUUACAGCAUUAUGCAAAAACAGCUAAAUACACUGCUGUUAUUUUUAUGACCGUUAGAAUUCUUUGACUGUUAGUUUUUUUCAUAACUAUUUUCACUAAUAUGUAUAUUUUUUACCCACUUAUUUCAGUUUUUCUUGUCCAAGAAUAAAAGGUAUCACAAUCUUUCCUUAUUA